AUGACCAGUAGACAUACUCGGAGCAACGCACAAGGACCAUUGCAUCAGCUCACCAACGAAGAACUAGUGAGAUUAGAACGUCAGAACCGUCAACUGCCUAGACCUACAAGCACCAACAUGGGUGAUCAUCAGGAUGAUCUUACUGCUGCAUUUGCACUCAUGCAACAACAGAUGCAGCAGAUGCAGCAAACUAUCCAAGCAAACGCUGCAAACCAACGGAAUGCACCGGAGGAAGUUGAUCAGAUUGGCCAAAGGAAUCUAUUGCGUAAUCUACCUGCUACGCGAUCCGCCAUCAACCCUCCACCUUGCACUAGACAAGACUUCGAGAUCAAGCCCGCCUUGAUAGGUCUGGUGCAGAGGAAGAUCUUCGACGGACUUCCUGCAGAAAUACCGAUGGACCACAUUGAAAACUUUGAGAAGAUGUGUGGGUUCACUAAGGCGAAUGGAGUACCACCAGAUUACAUCAAGUGUACCUUGUUCCCUUUCUCUCUCGAUGGGAAGGCUGCUCGCUGGCUAGAUUCCCUACCAACUGGAUCGCUCACCACAUGGGAACAAGUCAGAUCCGCUUUCUUGAGCCACUUCUACACAAAAUCAAAGACGGCAGCUCUGAGACAGAAGAUCGCCACCUUUAAACAGCUGGUAGAUGAGCCGUUCUGCGACGCAUGGGAGCGAUUCAACGUCUACCGCAGGGAGUGCCCACAUCACGGUUUUGAAGAAGAUUAUCUACUCGGAGUUUUCUACGAUGGAGUAGGUUGGGAGUACAGGAAUGCUUUAAACUCAGCCAGUAAUGGAGAUUUCAUGACCCAAUCCACUCAAGGCGCUUUCGCGUUAAUUGAGAACAUGGCCUCAAGCUCAGCUGACAGCAACCGAGAUACUGACCGCACCCAAAAGGUGAACAGCGUCGACAAUAACAAAAUAGAUGAGCUCUUCGCCAAGGUCGAUCAGCUGAUUAAGAGUAAUCAGAACCAUGUCUUCAUCAUGGAAGAGUCUCCUCAGGAUAAAGGAACCACAGACACUACAUCAGAAGCGGACCAGGCGACUGAGGACCACCAUGAGGUUAGCUAUGUGAAUGGGCAAGGAUGGCAGUUUAAGAACUAUCACCCGAACCCUAACGUGAGGAACAACCCCCACCUGUUCAACAACCCUAAACCCGAUGGUAAUGCAGAAAAUGCUCAAGGAAAUCAGGUUCAGAACAGUGGCUACCAACGGGGGUAUGGAAAUCAAGGAAGAACCUUUGUCCUCAGCCCAGCUCAGAAUACUCAGUUCCACAACCAGAAACAACCGACUAACCAGCAGCCUGCACAGCCUGCUCAAACUGCUCCUCAGGACGAGAUGAAGAGUCUCGCCAAUAUGAUGAGCCAGCUGCUCCAAGGACAGCAGAUUCAGGGAAAAGCAUUGAAUCAGGUCACAAACGACAUCAAUACCCAAAUGAAUCACAUGUUCAAUGACCUGAGUGCCAAAUAUGAUAAUGUCUCGAGCCAUAUGAGGCAGAUGGAUAUUCAGAUUGCUCAGACUGCUGAGAGUGUGAAGAUACAGCAAGGCACUCUUCCUGGAAAAACAGAUAAAAAUCCCAAGGAGUGUAAUGCAGUCGCGCUUAGGAGUGGGAAGCAGUUAACUGAUCUGGCACCCAAGAGAUUCACAACAGCUGAAAAGGGGAAGCAGAAAGAAUCAGAACAGCCACCUGUAACCGCACCAGCAGACGAGGAAGAAGCAGAGCUUCCUGCUAAACAUACUCCGACCCCUACAGAGCAGCCUACUGUGGUUGUUCGCCCAGCGGUAGAACCUGUUCCCACCCGUGACUAUGUGCCUAAGGUUCCAUACCCUGUUCCUGCUAAGGCCACACGCAAGGACAAGGAGGAGAUGAAAUGUAGGAAGAUGCUGGAAGACUUAACAGUCAGACUCCCUCUCAUGAGUGCAAUCCAGAUGAUGCCAUCCAUGAGUAGAGUGCAGCGCUGGAGAACAGUCUUCUCGUGUUCGCUAGUCGAUCUGGGAUCAAGCAUCAACCUCAUGCCAUACUCUGUGGCUAAGCGCCUUGGAUUCACGGAUUUCAAACCUACCAGGAUGUCCCUAGUGUUUGCUGAUCGAUCAGUGAAAUCUCCAGUCGGAAUUAUCGAGGAUAUCCAAGUACUGGUUGGGAACACACUUGUCCCUGCCGAUUUCGUUGUUCUGGAACUCGAGGAAGAAUCAAAGGAUCCUCUGAUCCUAGGCAGACCAUUCCUAUGCACUGUCGGAGCUAUCAUAGAUGUGCGACAGGGAAAAAUCGAUCUCCACCUAGGAGACAUCGUGAUGAGGUUCGAGAUGAAUCAGAUGCUCAAGAAACCUAUGCUGGAUGGACAAACCUUCACUGUCCAAGAGGAGGGUGAUCCGCUGGAACCGAGUGACAGAUGA